AUGGUCGACCAGGUUCGCUCAAUGGAGUCCCGUGUAGGACGAAAAAACCAACGGUACGGAUCAAAAGGCGAACGCUUGGUAGCCGGCGUCGUCCCGUUAUCAAAGGACAAAAGCUUGGUGUUGAUGAUUCAGUCGGCUGGACGCGGUGGCUGGGUACUUCCAAAAGGCGGGUGGGAGACCGACGAAGGAAGUGCGCAACAGGCUGCCUGUCGCGAGGCCUGGGAGGAAGCCGGAGUCGUAUGUACGGUUCUCAGAGACUUGGGAACAAUUCCAGACAUGCGCCCAUCAACGCUGCUCUCGUCAAACGCACCGCGAGCAUCAUAUCAAUUUUUUGAGGUCACCGUGGACCGAGAAGAGGACCGGUGGCCCGAGAUGCACAAACGGAGACGACAGUGGGUGCCGUACGCACAAGCCGCGGCCGCUCUCGCAAGUCGGCCGGAGCUCCUAGAGGCGCUGAACCGCAGUUCUAUGAAGAGGUAG